CGUCGCGUCAAAGGAACAUGUGUAACAGACGUGACACCAAAACGUGAUAUGAAGUAUGGUAACAAAAAAAUUCAUUUCUUUGGGAUUUUGAUCAACAGAAAUUUAAGUUCGGUGGGGUAUCUGUGUUCGUUUGCAAGAAAUUGUGACUACAACAAUGAAAACAUACAACAUUUUCAGGAUAAGAAUACAACGCUGGUAAGAGCACAAUUUUUAUGAGAUUGGUGAUUUGUAAAUAAGUAGUUUUUUUUAGUGAAUUUAAUGUAGCAACCCAUUUGAAUGGAUCUCUGUACAAUGAUUAUGUUAUGUAUAAUGGUUAUGUUAUGUUUAAUUAACAUUUUAUGUAUAUUGAGUAUGUUAUGUAUAAAGAGUAUAUUAUGUAUAAGGAAUAUGUUAUGUAUAGUGAUAUGUGAUUAAUAAUGAUUAUGUUAUGUUUAAUAAGCAUUUUAUGCAUAUUGAGUAUGUUAUGUAAAAUGAAUAUGUUAUGUAUAGUGAGUAUGUUUUGUAUAAUAAGUAUGUUAUGCAUAAUGAUUAUGUUAUGUCUAAGGAAUAUGUUAUGUAUAAUGAUUAUGUUAUGUAUAUUGAAUAUGUUAUGGAUAAUGAAUAUUUUAUGUAUGAUGAAUAUGUUAUGUAUAAUGAGUAUGUUAUAUAUAAGGAUUAUGGUAUAUAUAAUGAUUAUGUUAUGUAUAAUUAGUAUGUUAUGUGUACUGAUUAUGUUAUGUAUGAUGAGUAUGUUAUAUAUAAUGACUAUGUAAAGUAGAAUGAGUAUGUUUUUUGUAAUGAGUAUGAUAUUUAUAAUGAAUUUGUUAUGUAUAACGAGUAUCUUAUGUAUAUUGAAUAUUUUAUGGAGAAUGAAUAUUUUAUGUAUAACUAUGUUAUGUAAAUUGAACAUGCUAUGUAUGAUUAAUAUGUUAUGUAGAAUGAACCUGCUAUGCAUAAUGAAUAUUUUAUGUCAAAUCAAUAUGUUAUGUAUAAUUAAUAUGUUACGUAUAAUGCAUAUGUGUGGAGCACUUAGUCAUUGUGAAGGAGAGUAAGAUGUGUAGUAGGAAGUAAGUGUGUGCAGUGACACCGAGGGCGUCUGCAUAAGGAUCUACAGACCAAUGCACUUUCGGGGUUGAAAUUAAGGCUGUGCUGACCGGGAUACCCGGAAAAGCCGAGUAUUAGCUCACCCGGAACAUACCCGGACCCGGAAAAAGGAACCUGGUCCAGGUGUUAUCAAGAGUGUUAACUCCUCCUUAUCUAUAAUGUCUUGCCCACCCCAUGGGGGAGAACUCAAAAGUGCGUGUAUCGAACGAGUACAUCUGUUUACAUUAUUGCUGGUACAUUUUAUUUGAAUUAAACAAAUAUUGAUAUAAAACUGACUAGGCUGAUUGGUGCAAAAUUAAAUGUAAGCUAAACGAAAGUGAAUGUUGCUGGGUGGUAAGGUAGUGGUUAGGUUGAAAGUAGGCUUUGGGUUAGGUUGGGGAGCUGGGUGGUAGGGUAGUUGUUAGGUUGGAAGUAGGCUUUGGGUUAGGUUGGGGAGCUGGUUGGUAAGGUAGUGGUUAGGUUGGAAGUAGGCUUUGGUUUAGGUUGGGGAGCUGGUUGGUAGGGUAGUGGUUAGGUUGGGAAGUAGGCUUUGGGUUAGGUUGGGGAGUUGGGUGGUAGGGUAGUGGUUAGGUUGGAAGUAGGCUUCGGGUUAGGUUGGGGAGCUGGUUGGUAGGGUAGUGGUUAGGUUGGGAAGUAGGCUUUGGGUUAGGUUGGGGAGUUGGUUGGUAGGGUAGUGGUUAGGUUGGAAGUAGGCUUUGGGUUAGGUUGGAGAGCUGGUUGGUAUGGUAGUGGUUAGGUUGGAAGUAGGCUUUGGUUUAGGUUGGGGAGCUGGUUGGUAGGGUAGUGGUUAGGUUGGAAGUAGGCUUCGGGUUAGGUUGGGGAGCUGGUUGGUAGGGUAGUGGUUAGGUUGGAAGUAGGCUUCGGGUUAGGUUCGGGAGCUGGGUGGUAUGGUAGUGGUUAGGUUGGAAGUAGGCUUCGGGUUAGGUUGGGGAGCUGGGUGGUAGGGUAGUGGUUAGGUUGAGAAGUAGACUUGGGGUUAGGUUGAGAAGUUGGGUGGUAGGGUAGUGGUUAGGUUUGGAAGUAGGCUUUGGGUUAGAUCUGGGAGUUGGGUGGUAGGGUAGUGGUUAGGCUAGAGAACAGAGGCGUUGCGGUCGGUAUUAGGCUUAGGCAAGUGUUUGGCCGUGUGGUACACGGUAUAAUUACGAUCAUUGUUUGCUUUUAAAAUCUGUUGAAUACGGGAUACUAUCAGUGACGCGAGAAUAACGUCUGGAACCUCAGAUCUCAUAAAUAACAGACCGAUUAUUCUUGGGCUACAGUGGAAACUCCCGCUGAGAGCUGAUAUUUUAAAAGCCCCCCCCCCCACACCCCACUUUGUUGCGUCACGCUACAAGAAAUGCACUCUGACGCAGUCAGAGAAUAUCCNUAACGUCUGGAACCUCAGAUCUCAUAAAUAACAGACCGAUUAUUCUCGGGCUACAGUGGAGACUCACGCUGAGAGCUGAUAUUUUAAAAGCCCCCCCCCCCACACCCCACUUUGUUGCGUCACGCUACAAGAAAUGCACUCUGACGCAGUCAGAGAAUAUCCCGAGUCUUACUUUUUAUGUAAGACUGGCACAUUCAAACCCGGAAAUGGAGUCCCGUAAACACAAUGAAAUAAGCCGAAAACUCCUGCGACGCCACUGGUGAAAAGCUGUGUUAUCCACAUUAUGUUCUUUUUGGGUUAUCCAGCGGCGUGGAGAGAGGCGAGUUGCGCGUGUAAGGAAUCAGCUUAUAAUCCUAAAAAGAAUAGUCCCAGGCCUUUUUCAUUUCUCCCGGAGAAGUCCGCACCAUCGUCACAUAGUGACGGACGGACACCGAUACAAACACAAAGUGGAGCCUCACGUUGAGACCUGAUUAGACUAAACCCACCCCCCCCCCUUUUUCAUUGUUACUUCACACCAUGAAAAUGCUCUCUGGCGCAGGGCCAGAGAAUAUAUUCCUGAGGCUUACUGUCCAUGUAAGACUGGAAAAAUAGUGGCUGAGGAUUGGGGGGGGGGAGGGGGGGAGAACUCAGAACAUAUGACCAGUGUGGCAUCUAUGGUCAGUCACACCCAACCGCUGGCACUGGCUCAAAGAAUGGGGGGGGGGGGGAGAGAACUCAGAACAUAUGACCAGUGUGGCAUCUAUGGUCAGUCACACCCAACCGCUGGCACUGGCUCAAAGAAUGGGGGGGGGGGGAGAGAACUCAGAACAUAUGACCAGUGUGGCAUCUAUGGUCAGUCACACCCAACCGCUGGCACUGGCUCAAAGAAUGGGGGGGGGGGGAGAGAACUCAGAACAUAUGACCAGUGUGGCAUCUAUGGUCAGUCACACCCAACCGCUGGCACUGGCUCAAAGAAUGGGGGGGGGGGGGAGAGAACUCAGAACAUAUGACCAGUGUGGCAUCUAUGGUCAGUCACACCCAACCGCUGGCACUGGCUCAAAGAAUGGGGGGGGGGGGGAGAGAACUCAGAACAUAUGACCAGUGUGGCAUCUAUGGUCAGUCACACCCAACCGCUGGCACUGGCUCAAAGAAUGGGGGGGGGGGGGAGAGAACUCAGAACAUAUGACCAGUGUGGCAUCUAUGGUCAGUCACACCCAACCGCUGGCACUGGCUCAAAGAAUGGGGGGGGGGGGGAGAGAACUCAGAACAUAUGACCAGUGUGGCAUCUAUGGUCAGUCACACCCAACCGCUGGCACUGGCUCAAAGAAUGGGGGGGGGGGGGAGAGAACUCAGAACAUAUGACCAGUGUGGCAUCUAUGGUCAGUCACACCCAACCGCUGGCACUGGCUCAAAGAAUGGGGGGGGGGGGGAGAGAACUCAGAACAUAUGACCAGUGUGGCAUCUAUGGUCAGUCACACCCAACCGCUGGCACUGGCUCAAAGAAUGGGGGGGGGGGGAGAGAACUCAGAACAUAUGACCAGUGUGGCAUCUAUGGUCAGUCACACCCAACCGCUGGCACUGGCUCAAAGAAUUGGGGGGGGGAGAACUCAGAACAUAUGACCAGUGUGGCAUCUAUGGUCAGUCACACCCAACCACUGGCACUGGCUCAAAGAAUGUUAGCAUUUGCAGGGCUUUUGGUGUGCGAUUGACCUGUCGCUGUAAAAGACGUACGAGGGAGUGUAUCUUAUCCAAGGAACAUUGCGUAAUCAUGUAUGGCUGAUACCACACACACGAAGUGAUGAUAAACACCCGAGUAACGAUUUAGCCCGUGUGUUUAUCGAAUAUUUGCCCCAUUUAAAAUUGGCUGUUUUUUUAAAUUUAUUUUUUAUUUUAUUUUUUUAUGUUAUUGUCUACUGAUAACUGUGAUAUUUAUCACUCUUCUUUUCUAUGCUGUAUCUCUAGUAGCAAACAGGACAUAUUUGCAUUAUAUUCCCCUUACAAUAGCUAAUGGAGCCUUCUCUUUCGAGAAAUUACAUUACAUUCAGAAGAGAUCAUUAAAUCAAGUAAGACAUUUUCUCCUUACUUAAACUAAUGUAAUACAAUGAAACCUGGAAAUAACGAAAAACACAAGGUAUCGAAGCAAAUGUUGUGCUAUUGGCAGGUUCGGUCGGUGUUUUUUUAAUGAAAAUUACUACUUGCCCGGGCAAGGUAAGGCAUAUGCUUUGGACAUCGCUAUUUCAAAGUUUCUUAUUUCCACGCUCCACUUGCUUCAUUCAAUGACUUAAGGUUUAGGGAAUAAUAAGUUAAUUUCAACGUUAAAAUUUCAAUACAUCUAUAAAACUUUUUUUUUUCAGGAAAAGAGCACUCAAAAGUAUAAUUCUAGGCGGUGUGGUUCUGUCCCUUGCUGGAUUUGCCCUCGCUUUCAGCAAUUUCUGGCCAGACCGACAUGCUGAAGACCAUAACGGUCACAAUGUCCGGCAUAUUAUACUAAAAAGCAAAACAGGAGAAAUCGGAGUCCUCUAUGACCAACGUGGAAACAUGACCGAGAGGUUGAGAAGGAUUGCUCCAAAAGUCAGUACAGAUGGUAUGGAUUCGGAACAUGACCUAAAUAUUAAAACACAAGACACGGGACUUGAUGACAGUAAUAAACAGGUUGAUCGGAAUACAAAGGUUGACGGCAAUGUAAAGGAUGACCUUAAUUUUCAGGAUCAACCUGUUAUACAGGAUGGACGGAAUAGAAAAGAUGGCCGUGAUAUGCACGAUGACCCUAAUCAAUCGAAUGAACGGAAGCCGGAAGUGGCUGGAAUCGCAUCACAGGAGGGCGAAAGUGUAGACGCGCGGUUAAGUGCUAAUGAAACCAUGGCAACCGAAAUGCUCAAGGCGGAACUGGAGGCCAAGACGGUUCAGGUGCAUCUGUUGUCUGAACCAAUCAUCUACAACUACAACUUUGCAGACAUACGAAACCCGGGUGAUGCGUGCGCCGCGAGCAAAACUCAAGUCUUAAUCGUCGUGGCCUCCGACCCGGAAAACUUCCAGAGGCGGAUACACGUCAGAACGGGCAGCGUGGGUGAAUACGUCCGCGAGCCGGCCAACAACGCGAAGCUCUUAUUCUUUAUGGGGAGGCCCCCGUGCGGAAAAGACUCUGUGAAGAUCCAAUCGAAAAUCGCCGACGAGUUUCGCUUACAUCGGGACACAGUGCAAGUAAAUUUCGAAGACGUUUUGAAAAACGUUCGUCUCAAGGGCGUGUCUAUGUUGAAGUGGGCCGUCACGUUCUGCAGGGAAGCGAGAUUUGUCAUCCGGAUUGAUGACGACGUUACUGCGAAUAUCCCGAAAAUACUACCCGUCAUGGAGGCGAAGAGCCGGCAGUAUUUUGAUUUCGUCAUCGGUGACAUCAAAGAAGGUUGGAAGCCCGUGCGCAAAGAGAAUGUUCAGUAUUUGAAGUACUCAGUCUCCGAGGACGAGUACCCCGAGCCCACGUAUCCGCCCUUCGCCGUCGGCGGAUUAGUCGGCUAUCCGAUGAGUACUGUGUCCUUGCUGUACCAGGCGGCUCUCAGGCUCAAGCCACUCUGGCUGGACGAUGUGUUCAUCACGGGCAUCUGCGCAGUCAAGCUGCGCGUGCCGCUGGUAAGAGACCGAGACUUUGUGUUUGAUCGUCGACAGUGAAUAAUUCAUCGCUUUAUUUGUUAUUUAAACAAAAAUAAGUUAUUGUUAAAUUAUUUAUGUUUAUAGAAAUGCUUAAGUUCAU